CAUUCCAGUGUCGUAGGCGGUAGUUUCUAGUGUUUUUUGUCGAUGUGCGUAGCGUAGGUCAAGUUUUCAGUGAACAUUUUUGCAUUGUGCCUUCGGUGACAGCUGUUUUGUGCCCGUGUUUUCGUCGUGCAGUCAUUUGAACGUGCAGCAGCAUGAACCCCGCGUUGAUCGCGUGGUUUGCCGCGCGCCAGCGUGCCCGCCCCAACCCUGACCAGUGGCGUAACCCCUUCGACAUGCCGGAAGAACGUUUUAGGCGGCAUUUCCGAAUGUCGAAGAACACCGUGCGGCUUUUGUGCAGCCAGAUGGCCCACCUGCUAGAGCACCGCACUGCUGGAGGCCUGAGUGUUGAGGAUCAAGUUCUCUGCGCACUCAGGUUCUUCGCCACUGGGAGCUUUCAGUCGUCAGUCGGCAGCGAGGCGACCAUAAGGAUGUCUCAGUCUUCAGUCAGCAGGUGCAUUGCACGGGUUGCGCAGGCCAUUGUUGACGUAGGGAAGCUACGAGGAUGGGUGGCGUUCCCACGCACCGCCUUUGAACGAGCAGCCGUCAAGCAAGGCUUCUUGCAGCACGGCAGGCUCGGCGGUGUGAUCGGUUGCGUGGAUGGCACGUUUAUCGCCAUCGCUGCCCCGCGCCUCCCUCCUGCGCAGAAGGCAUCGUUUUGGUGCAGAAAGGGAUAUUACGCCCUCAACACCAUGGUGGUUUGCGACUCGGACAUGAAAAUCCUGUCCAUUGACCCGCGUUUCGCGGGCUCAUGCCACGACGGGCACGUGUGGCGGAAUUCUGGGCUCCGCAGACGCUUCAUGUCCGGUCGCAUUGUUGUGCGGGACGGAGAGUUCCUGCUCGGCGACAGUGCUUACCCCCUUGAGCCGUGGCUUCUAACGCCGGUUCCUGGGCACCCGGAUGAGGACACACCCGAGGGUGUGUACAACAAGGAGCACGCGGCCCUGCGGUCAACAGUGGAGCGCUGCAUCGGCCUCCUCAAAAGCCGGUUCCGCUGCCUGCAGCGCUAUCGGGCCCUCCAUUACGGCCCCAGGAAAGCAGGGACGAUUGUGGCAGCAUUUGCUUCACUGCACAAUCUCUGCUUGGAAGAGCCUGAGGACAGUGACGGGGACGAGGAGGACGAUGAACCAGCAGCACACACCUCAAGGACAGUAGCUCCUCCUCGGAGGCGGGCACUGUACUUGCGCGGAAGGGCAACACGUGCAAGGCAAAUCGCGCAGCUGAACAUCUCGCGCAGUGUGCAUCUGCAGCGAAUACAGAGAGCUCUUUUGCGUGCACGGCGACACUAGACUGUAGGGUUCUAGCAGUGUUUAUGGCUGCAUGCACAUGUGGGGCUACGAACAAUGUACCUUCGGUACCCUCCUGCGCCACAAGUAUAUACAUUCUGGUGUUGCACAGUGUUGCGGACACAUGUACACCAUCGCUGUUCCAGGUGCCAUGUAUUGCAGUGUGCCACACAAGUGUGGGCGUUGUGGUGUUGCACACAGUCUUUACGGACACAUGUAUGCCGUCGUUG